AGAAGUGUGAAAACUAUUAUCGCGCAUCAGAUUUCUGUGCCGCUUCGUCGAUCUUAUCAUCUUCGUCGCUUGUAGGUCGGUCUGACUCGGCCAUGGCAGCUCUGCAGUACCUGGACUUGCUCUGCAAUGGCCACCCCGAACUCUCCGACUGGUCAACUACCCUCGCUGAUCUGUACCAGCGGAAGCUCUGGCACCAACUCACUCUCAAGCUGGAGGAAUUCGUUUCGCUCUCCAUAUUUCAGGCUGGUGAUGCAUUGAUACAAUUGUAUCAUAAUUUCAUCACUGAUUUUGAGACAAAAAUUAACCUUCUCAAACUUGCACAUUUUGCUGUCAUUGUUUCUCGACGGUACUCUGAGAAAGAAGCUGCUAUUACUUACCUUGAAGGUGUUAUUGAGAAACUGCGUAAUGCUAAAGAAAUGCGCAUUGAUGAACCAAUCCUUUAUAUUAAGAUGCAAACUGCAUUGCUUAAACUCGAACAUAGAGAUCAAAAAGGGUGCAAAAACCUUUUGGAAGAGGGAAACCGUACACUUGAUAGCAUGACUGAUAUUGAUCCAUCUGUGCAUGCGAGCUAUUAUUGGGUUUCCUCUCAGUAUCAUAAGUUCCGGCAAGAAUUCUCUGAGUUCUAUAAGAGUGCUCUCCUCUAUCUCGCUUACACUUCAGUAGAGUCUCUAUCUGAAGCAUUUAAGUUGGACUUGGCAUUUGACCUUUCGCUAUCAGCAUUGCUAGGAGAAAAUAUUUACAAUUUCGGAGAGUUACUCGCACAUCCGAUUAUCAGGAGUCUCCUAGGGACAAAGGUUGAGUGGCUCUACCAUAUUCUUGAAGCAUUCAAUGCUGGAGAUUUGGUUCGCUAUCAAUCGUUGUGCAAUGUCCAUAAAGAUGCACUGAAUGCUCAACCUGCACUGGUGCAAAAUGAGAAAAAGCUCUCAGAAAAGAUCAACAUUCUCUGUUUGAUGGAAAUCAUCUUCAGUCGCCCAUCUGAGGAUAGAACUAUUCCGCUGAAUAUCAUUGCGGAGCGCACGAAAUUGACAGUUGAAGAUGUGGAGUACCUUCUUAUGAAGAGUCUUUCUGUGCAUUUGAUAGAGGGAAUAAUCGAUCAAGUUGAGGGAAGCGUAUAUGUUUCAUGGGUGCAACCAAGGGUUCUAGGUAUUCCCCAAGUCCAGUCGUUGAGAGACCGUCUGGACAGCUGGGUCGACAAAGUACACACUGCUUUGUUAUCUGUGGAGGCUGAAACUCCUGACCUUGUUGCAGCAUAAUAGAGACUAUUUCUUCUCAUUAGCAUGUGUUUUUGUUUUCUUGAUGGUACUUUUAUGGAUUGAUUGCCCCCCCCCCCCUCUUGCUUUGCGGCAGUGAGUUUAAGUUUCAGAACAAACUUUAAAGGUGAAAUUUGUUUAUUUCGUCAUCGUAUUUGCAAAUGUCUGCAAACUUGUUUUGAAUCCCUCCCCAAUUAAAACUAUUACCUUAGUGCUGCAUUUUAACCCCAUACCAUACUCUCUAUUCAAGGAUUCAUCUUUAUUAUCUCUCUAUUUGAACCGUGCUCCUGAAUUUA